AUGCUGCUAUGGGCUGCGCAGAGGACCUCCAUAAGCAGAGCUCGCGUGAUUAGGGUCACGUCAUCCACAAAGAUAUUCAAGUUUCGGCCGAACCUCCGAAUCGACAACCCACACUCGCGAUUGCUCAACAUUGCGCUCAACUUGAUGCAUCGUUGGAGUCGACGAUGUUUUGCAACAGCCGCCCAUAUCCCUCAGACAGUCAUUGAAAAAGUCGUUCAGAAAUAUGCCGUUGGCCUUCCCCCAGGCAAAAUCCUCAAGGCUGGCGACUAUGUUAUGAUUCGCCCUGAGCAUGUAAUGACCCACGACAACACUGGACCAGUCAUCUCCAAAUUCAAAGCUAUUGGUGCCACAAAGAUACUACAUCGUGGUCAGCCUGUGUUUACUCUCGACCAUGAUGUGCAAAACCGUUCCCCCAAAAAUCUCGCAAAAUACGCAUCUAUCGAGGAAUUCGCACGUAAGCAUGGUGUCGACUUCUACCCAGCUGGACGCGGCAUAGGCCACCAGAUUCUUGUUGAGGAAGGUUAUGCGUUCCCCAACACGCUGACCGUCGCGAGUGACAGCCACAGCAACAUGUACGGCGGUGUGGGAUGCAUAGGGACUCCAAUUGUGCGGACAGAUGCAGCGGCUUUGUGGGCUACAGGGAAAACUUGGUGGCAGAUACCUCGAAUGGUCAAAGUCGAGCUCCGGGGAAAACUUGCACCUGGAGUUACGGGCAAAGACGUAAUUGUCGCUCUCUGCGGCUCUUUUAACAAGGACGAAGUCUUGAAUGCUGCCCUCGAGUUUACUGGUGACGGCGUUUCGACUCUGUCUGUCGAUGAAAGACUGACAAUCGCCAAUAUGACCACUGAAUGGGGUGCUUUGGUUGGAGUGUUUCCUGUCGACGAAAUACUUCUUCAGUGGUACGAUCGCGCAUUGGCCAAACUAGAACUGCGGACUUUUUCCUCCCCCGAAAUGGCUGCCCUUAUACCUCCUCCACCUGAGCACACUCGCAUAAACCGUCGUCGUCUCGAUGCUCUUCGUUCCGCACCAAUCAACUCUGACCUAGAUGCUGAAUACUCUUCCCAUUUGGUCUUUGAUCUUUCUACGCUCGUGCCGCACGUAUCUGGCCCUAACAGUGUCAAACUGUCAACUCCACUUCCCUCACUAGAAGCAGCGAAUAUUCCUAUCCAAAAGGCGUAUCUGGUCAGUUGUACCAACUCACGAGUAUCAGACAUAGCGGCUGCCGCGGAGGUCAUGAAGGGGAACAAAGUUAAUCCUGGCGUGGACUUUUACAUCGCUGCUGCCAGUUUAAAUGUCCAAUUGGAAGCGGAACAACUUGGCUAUUGGGACAUCCUCGUGCGUUCUGGAGCCAAGGUUCUUCCCGCUGGCUGCGGGCCAUGUAUCGGACUGGGUACCGGUCUCCUCGAAGAAGGCGAGACAGGCAUCAGUGCGACGAACCGUAAUUACAAAGGUCGUAUGGGCCAUCCUAAGGCGCAAGCUUACCUGGCUAGUCCAGCUGUUGUAGCAGCAAGCGCGAUCAAUGGGUUCAUCAGCAGUCCAGCAUCGCUUGAACCUGCUCUUUUGCCGGCCCCCGACCAGCUCUUCUUCUCCAUAACGAAUAAUUCAUCACCCUCUACACCAUCUGUCUCUCUCACUCACGAGCCUUUGACCCCAAAUUUUCCGUCGUUGUUUUCGGGCCCUCUACUCUUUACUCCCCAAGACAAUCUCAACACCGACGCGCUUUACCCAGGGAAAUACACAUACCAAGAUGACAUUACGCUUUCUAAGCAAGCAGAAGUAGUGAUGGAGAAUUAUGACCCCUCCUUUGCCGGUCUUGUGGCUUCCCUCAAAGAUACCCUCCCGGAGGCCACUGAGCUCAAUACUCCUGGAACCGUUCUCGUUGCUGGCUACAACUUUGGGACUGGCUCAUCUCGAGAGCAGGCUGCUACUGCCCUGAAAGCGGCGGGGGUUCCUGUUGUGAUUGCGGGGUCAUUCGGAGAUAUCUUCAAGCGCAAUGCUAUCAACAACGGCCUUGUCUGUCUCGAAUGCCCCGAACUCGUGACAGAGCUGACCCAACGAUAUGCUCAUGGCGGUGUCAGAGGCGCUGGCGGAAUCCAAGGAGAACUGACGGUGAACAAGCAAAUUCAAGUGCAGAUUCACAUGGACGAUGGGAGGGUCGUGGUAAAUGGCGACGGGCUAAAUAAAGUCUACCAUGUUACGCCGAUUGGCCCUAGCGUGCAAGAACUCUGGGUCUGUGGAGGAUUGGAAGGGUACAUUUUGAAGGAAAUAAAAUCGCAGUCCGACGUAGUGGUAUAG